AAGUUAUCUUGAUUUUCUGAAGCCGGUGUAGGUGACGUACACAGUAAAAUCAAAAUGUGUUUGAAUAAGUGAUAGAGAAAAACAUUCUAAGAUUUAUUUUAAGUAAUUCAAAUCAUAUAUAAAAAACUUAUCUAAAAGUAAAACGUUUUGGUGUUGUUUUAUAACCUUAUUUUUAGUUUGUAGGAAUCUGUUCUUUUUCAUGAAAAAAUCAUAUCAUAGUUAAGACUGUUUACUAUACUUAAAAAUGUCUACUACCGGGAAAAAGAGUCAAACACAAAUUGAAAGUGCUGAAAAACAAGAAACCUUAUUAACUCUCUCAAUUUUAACUUUGGCUGCUAUACUAUCUUUUGCAACUAGAUUGUUUUCUGUGCUAAGAUUCGAAAGUGUAAUCCAUGAAUUUGAUCCAUAUUUUAAUUAUCGUACAACAAAAUACUUGGCAGAACAAGGUUUCUAUUCUUUUCAUAACUGGUUUGAUGAUCGAGCAUGGUAUCCACUAGGUAGAAUUAUUGGAGGUACAAUAUAUCCUGGAUUAAUGGUAACUUCAGCUGCAAUAUAUCAUUUAUGUUGGUUAUUGAAUAUAACAAUUGAUAUUCGUAAUGUAUGUGUUUUCUUGGCUCCAUUAUUUUCAUCAUUUACUACCAUUAUAACAUAUCUCCUAACAAAAGAAGUUAAAAAUGCAGGAGCAGGUUUAGUUGCAGCUGCAUUUGUUUCCAUCGUUCCUGGUUAUAUUAGUAGAUCAGUAGCAGGAAGUUACGAUAAUGAAGGUAUUGCAAUAUUUUGUAUGUUGCUUACCUACUACACAUGGAUUAAGGCUGUUAAAACAGGGACAAUUCUAUGGGGUACACUUACAGCCUUGGCUUAUUUUUACAUGGUGUCCUCUUGGGGUGGAUAUGUUUUCUUAAUUAAUUUAAUACCGUUGCAUGUGUUAACGCUUAUGGCGACUGGAAGAUUUUCCCAUCGAAUAUAUGUAGCUUAUAGUACUCUAUACUGUGUAGGCACCAUUUUAUCCAUGCAAAUUUCUUUUGUUGGUUUUCAACCAGUUCAGAGUUCUGAACAUAUGUUGGCUUUAGGGGUAUUUGGAUUAUGUCAAAUCAUAGCAUUUGUAGACUACAUAUGCAGCAAGUUGUCGAAAAAUGAUUUUGAAACUCUAUAUACUUUUUUAUUGUACACUGUUGGAAUAUUAACUAUGGUAGUUGGCACUAUACUGACUCUCUCUGGAAAAAUUUCCCCAUGGACAGGGAGAUUCUACUCCCUGUUAGAUCCAUCCUAUGCUAAAAAUCAUAUACCUAUUAUUGCUAGUGUUUCUGAACAUCAGCCUACCUCAUGGAGUUCUUUUUACUUUGAUCUACAGAUUUUAGUGUUUUUAUUCCCAGCUGGUUUGUAUUUUUGCUUUAAACAGCUAACCGAUGCUAAUAUUUUUAUGAUAUUAUAUGGAGUUACUAGCAUUUAUUUCGCGGGUGUGAUGGUACGUUUAAUGUUGGUAUUGGCACCUGUUAUGUGUAUACUAAGUGGUAUAACUGUAUCUCACCUGCUUACAAAGUUUAUGAAAAAUACCGAUUCUCCAAAACAACUGGAUCACAAGAAACACAAAAAACAGGAAUCCAACAUGACUCUCAAAAAUGAAAUAUCAACUACUUUUGUAGCUGUUAUUACUCUCCUUCUAAUUUCCUAUACUUUCCAUUGUACUUGGGUCACCUCAGAGGCCUACAGCUCUCCAAGUAUUGUGUUGAGCGCACGAUCCCAUGACGGUGGCAGAAUCAUUUUUGAUGACUUUAGGGAAGCUUAUUAUUGGCUGAAAAUGAACACUCCAGAAGAUGCUAAAAUUAUGUCUUGGUGGGAUUACGGAUAUCAAAUAACUGCUAUGGCUAACCGAACUAUACUGGUAGACAAUAAUACUUGGAAUAACACCCAUAUUAGUCGAGUCGGACAAGCGAUGGCGAGUUCAGAGGAAAAGGCCUAUGAAAUAAUGAAAGAAUUGGAUGUUGAUUACGUUCUUGUAAUUUUUGGUGGCUUAACGGGUUAUUCUUCUGAUGACAUCAAUAAGUUCUUAUGGAUGGUGAGAAUUGGGGGCAGCACUGAUCGAGGAGCACAUAUAAAGGAAUGGGACUAUUACUCAUCAAAUGGCGAGUUUAGAGUCGACAAGGAGGGUUCGCAAACAUUAUUGAAUUGUCUUAUGUACAAAAUGUGUUAUUACCGAUUCGGGCAAGUGUAUACAGAAGGUGGAAAGCCUCCAGGUUAUGAUAGGGUAAGAGGCGCAGAAAUUGGAAAUAAAGAUUUUGAAUUGGAUGUGCUUGAAGAAGCUUACACAACAGAGCAUUGGUUAGUGCGAAUAUAUAAAGUGAAGGACUUGCCAAACAGGGGGGUGUAGUAUUUUAAUUUUUUUGCUUAAAUAUUUUUGUAUAUUUGUCUUUUAUAAAAUAAAUAUGUAACAUACUU